CGGGACUCGGUAGCUGCCCGGAUGUGGCGCCGAGCCAGCCGAGCCUGCCCAGCCCAGCGAGAGACGCCUGGGAGGCUCUGCCAGCUGCGGUUCAACAGCGCGGGAGGACGACUAGUUUGCCGGGACUCCAAGGGAAGAAUGCAGACGAUUAAAUGUGUGGUUGUAGGAGAUGGGGCUGUAGGUAAGACCUGCCUCCUCAUCAGUUACACAACAAACGCCUUUCCCGAGGAGUAUAUCCCUACUGUCUUUGACAACUAUAGUGCCCAGACAUCUGUGGACGGCCAGAUCGUCAGCCUGAACCUGUGGGACACAGCUGGCCAAGAGGAGUAUGACCGACUGCGAACACUCUCCUACCCCCAGACCAAUAUCUUCGUCAUUUGUUUUUCCAUUGGCAACCCAUCUUCUUAUGCCAAUGUGAGGCAUAAGUGGUACCCAGAGGUCUCCCAUCAUUGCCCCAAUGUACCUGUUUUGCUGGUAGGCACCAAGAGGGACCUGCGAAGUGACAUUGAGACAGUGAAGAAGCUGAAGGAACAGAGCCUAGUGCCCACAACUCCUCAGCAAGGCACUUCCCUGGCUAAGCAGGUGGGGGCUGUGAAGUAUCUGGAAUGUUCAGCCCUGAUGCAGGAUGGGGUCCAUGAGGUAUUUUCAGAAGCUGUCCGGGCUGUGCUUUACCCUGCCACAAAGAAGAACAGCAAGAAGUGUGUCCUCUUAUAGCUUUUGGGGUGCUGCUUGGGGACUGCACCUAAGGAGAAUAAGGGGGAAUUCCUUUGACAGCAUUUAACAAUGCCAGCGUGAGCCACUUAUCUCUUCCCCUGGAAACCCUAGACUCCAGGUUAUUCAGCUUUUGGAGGAACAAGGAGAGGCUAGUUUGCACUUGGCUGCUUUGAAGUUUGGUCUGAACCUUUUGGAGGAAGUUUGAGAGAGUGAGUGUGUGUGUCUCUCCUGUCGAAGUGGUAAGAGGAGAUGCCACCAAGUGCUGUUCUUUUCUGUCCUGGCCAGGCCACGACUAAGCAGAGCAGCCUAGCACUGUUGUUUGUAGGCUUUUGCUUGGCUGUUUAAAAUCUAAUUUCAGCGUUCCUGGCUGUAUUUACCGUUGAGCAAGUGCCUCACAGAAGGACAAGGUUCUCCAAAUUUUCAAAUCAUUGCCUUAAGCUUUCUGAUAUACUAAUUUUUGGAAACCAUCUUAUGUGUGAUUCCUGGGUGUUCCCAAUGUUGACAUGCUCUUUCCAUUCUUGAGAGGAGAUAUUUUUGCAAUAAUGGUUAAGCAGCAUUUCUAGAGUUCUGUGAGAUGGUAAUAGAUGUUUCUUAAAAGGGUUCUGUGGUCAAAUAAGGCAGGAACCAGUGAUUUAAAUAAUGCCGAAUAGUUUCUUCUACUGCAGGAAGUUAUAACUUUUAAUAAGUAUGCAAUAUUUCCCAAACUUAUUUCACUGAACUUUUGUUUUUUGGCCCCAUGCAACACCUAUUAACAUCUCUGGGAACACAGUUUCAGAGAUGCUGGAUUACAAGGGACUGGGAAUUCUCAUGGCGGAGACUGUGAAAAAAGCAUAAUGUGGUCCUGUUCUUUGUGCUGUUUCCCUCUUCAUUGCCUUUGAGAGGAAUGUUUACCAGCCAUGGCCUUGUUAUUGGUUCCUCUUCCAUCCUCAGGAGGUGGGUUUGGCACUUAGUCACGAUAGUAUAUUGGCUGUGGGAUCUGAUGUUCAGAUCUGCUCUUGGAUUCUGCUAGCACAAUAGGCACGGUGAUGUGUAAUGAACAGUCCCUCUGAAGAGCUGUGUCUCUGAGGCUUCUGUGUGGCUCUUUUUUCUCUCAUCAUCCUUCCGCUUGAAGGAAAGACCACUGAAGAUUAACCCCCUAAAUAAAACCAAUGAAACGACCAACGAAAUAAAAUGUCCUGCCAGUCACUGUCAGGGGGUUCUGUGAUUCCCUCUGAUACUUCUCUUCUGCUGUCAUUCCUCUGAGUCACUAUAAAGACUACCUUGCUCUCUUCCUGUUCCUCCCGCCUCUGUAUAUCUCCCUGUGUGUUUGUUCAGCCCUGUAUGCCUUUUGAGGUUGCUCCAAGAGAGCUGGGGUACGUUGGGUUUCCAGGCCGCAGGGCUGUCGUCGCCCUUGUGAUGGUGUUGCUGGAGUUGCUCAGCCUGCUCUCGGGGUGGAAGGAGUCAGAUUCCAUAUCCCA